AUGGGAACAGAUAAUCAGACAUAUGUGGGAGAAUGUAUUCUCCUUGGCCUCUCCAGUGACUGGGACACUCAGGUCUCCCUCUUUGUCCUGUUCUUAGUCACAUACAUGGUGACAGUGUUGGGGAACUUCCUCAUUGUCCUUCUGAUCAGACUGGACAGCCGACUCCACACUCCCAUGUAUUUCUUUCUCACCAACCUCUCCCUUGUUGAUGUUUCUUAUGCCACAAGCAUCAUUCCUCAGCUUCUGGUGCAUCUUCUUGUAGAACAUAAAGUAAUCCCAUAUGUGAGCUGUGCAGCCCAGUUAUUUUUCUCCCUGGGCUUGGGUGGGAUUGAGUUUGUUCUAUUGGCGGUGAUGGCCUAUGAUCGCUACGUGGCUGUGUGUGACCCCCUGAUAUACUUGGUUAUCAUGCGUGGAGGGCUCUGUACCAGGUUGGCUAUCACAUCUUGGGUCAGUGGCUCCAUCAACUCUCUCAUGCAGACCACCAUCACCUUUCAUUUGCCCAUGUGCACAAACAAAUUUGUUGAUCACUUGUCCUGUGAACUCCUAGCUGUGGUCAGGCUUGCCUGUGUGGACACCUCCUCCAAUGAGGUUGCAAUCAUGGUUUCCAGCAUUGUCUUAUUGAUGGCACCUUUCUGUCUGGUUCUCUUGUCCUACAUCAAGAUCAUCUCCACCAUCCUAGAGAUCCAGUCCACAGAGGGAAGGAAGAAAGCCUUCCACACCUGUGUCUCUCACCUCACAGUGGUUGUCCUAUGCUAUGGCAUGGCUAUUUUCACUUACAUCCAGCCCCAUUCCAGCCCCUCUGCCCUUCAGGAGAAGUUGAUCUCUCUCUUCUAUGCCAUUUUGAUGCCCAUGCUGAACCCUAUGAUUUACAGUAUAAGGAAUAAGGAGGUGAAGGGAGCCUGGCAGAAACUACUAGGGCAAUUAUCUGGAUUAACGUCAAAACUGGCAAGUUGAUGAAUCAUGAGCAUCACUUAGAGAAAAGAGCUUUGCCUGUGGGUUCUCCCACUCAACUCAGAUAUGAUGGGCAUCAACUGUAUUGCCCUAGCAACCAAGAAGGAGAUGAAGAAACAUGUACUGUGAUGUUGGGUAGGAGGCUGAGUAGUUAGGUUGGGGUGUUGAAUGUGGGAGGAUUUUUAUGUCACAGCAGCAUGUUCAGAGAAGUUAAGCACUGCUGUAAUAGAACUUCACAAUUACUCAAUCUUGUUUCCUAUAGCCUGGGAGUAAUGGAAAAAAAUAGUAUUUAUUGUUUUGAUUAGUCACAUUGUUUAUAAUCAUGGAUCUAUUCAUGGAUCUUACAUUGGACUGCUGGUUCUUAUUCAUCCAAAUUUUGUACAAGGUUAUCGUGUUUCCAUUGGGAACAAAAUCA